AACAGCACAAAAUAAUCAGGAACAGAACGCAUGGUUGUCUCAAGACCGUACAACUCAUUUUCCCCAUGAAAUCUCAACUAAUCCUCUGUUUUCAAUGAAACACCAAGUUUUUGAGUUGGAAUGGACGACUGAAAUCAAAUUUAGAGUCGUCUCCUCGACCAAGACAAAACCAUGCAUCAUCAGAUGUGUCACCUGAAUCAGGAGAUCGUCGUCACUCUGCACGUCCUCUAGGUGACGGAGGAAUACAUCAUAAUUUCACCCACCCUCAUGCAGUAUAAGUAAAGGCUGCUGCAUCUCUUUUCACUUCUCCUUGCACUUCAUUCCUUUGGGACAUUGAAGGGUUUUCUCAUCGGUUUUAAACGGGGGGACAACAAGAGCAACCAGGAGAAUGCUUCAUGAAGAUAUGAUUCAUGUACCAAAUUUCCAUUCACUUCAAUCUUGGAAAGGAUGGCAAGAUAUCAGCGUCCUUUGUUUCUGGAAGAAUGUUUUUGCAUUUCUCAAUCUCAUCUUUAUCAGUUGCUUCUUGGUUCAACUCCUAUGGAAAAUAUUACACAAAUCAUGUGAAAAAGAAAGCAGGACUAUUGCUGAAGAGAUGCAAAAUUGCACUACUGAUGAGCAUAAGCUUGAUCAUAUACGCUUGGGAUCGACAUACCAAGCUGCUAAAGUUUGUUGCUCCCUGAUAUUGGCCAUCAACCUGUUCAGACUUGUUUUCUUUCUGCUAGAAGGAAGCGGAGGCAAUUGCAAGUACAUUGUAUCAGUUGUAGCUGAGACAACACAGUUGAUAUCAUGGAUAUUUCUGGUUGCUGUCAUAGUUAAUCUCCCACAAGCUAGAUCUGUAAAACUUUCUUGGAUAAUAAGAACAUGGUUCAUAUGCAGCUUCCUGCAAUCAGCUAUCUGUACUGCUCUUGAUAUACGCUCCACACUUCUAGCAAAGUCAAUCUUAGGAGUAGAACAAUAUACAGAGAUAAUAAGUCUCUUUCCUUGCAUGCUACUCUUUGUUAUCUCAGUCAGAGGUACAACAGGGAUCAACUGCGAUGCCAAUAGCCUUAAAGAACCAUUAUUGCAAGUGCAAACAUCAAAGGAGAAGCAUGCUGAGAACAAGAGGAGCUCCUUUUACAGGAGUGCAAGUCUUAUACAACUUGUGACCUUCUCAUGGCUUAACCCACUUUUCACUACCGGAAAGAUGAAACCUCUAGAGCAGAAUGACGUACCAGACAUUGAUAAAAAUGAUUAUGCUGAGUUCUUGUCUCACUCAUUCAACUGUUGCCUGAAUAACGUCAAAGAAAGAUACGGCUUGAGAACUUCAUCAAUCUACAGAGCAAUCUUCAUGUUCAUCUGGAAGAAGGCUGUGAUUAAUGCAAGCUUUGCAGUUGCAGCUGCAGGGGCCUCUUAUGUUGGACCUUCACUGAUUGACAACUUUGUUAAGUUCUUAGGAGGAGACAGGAAGCAUGGAUUGAAGAGUGGAUACGUACUUGCACUUGCAUUUCUCAGUGCCAAAGUUGUAGAGACUGUGUGUCAGAGACAAUGGAUUUUUGGAGCUCGACAGCUUGGAAUGCGCUUAAGAGCUGUUCUAAUAUCUCAUAUAUACAAAAAGGGCCUCAUUUUAUCAAGUCAGUCUCGGCAGAGCCAUACGAGUGGGGAGAUUAUCAACUACAUGAGUGUGGAUAUCCAAAGGAUUACCGACCUGAUAUGGUAUUCAAACAUAAUUUGGAUGCUUCCCGUCCAGAUUGCACUAGCAAUAUAUGUUCUUUAUAAAAAUCUUGGAGUUGGAGCUUUGGCUGGAUUAGCAGCAACAACAAUGAUAAUGACAUGCAAUAUUCCCUUAACUAGAGCACAAAAAAGAUAUCAGAGCAGAAUCAUGGAAGCUAAAGAUGCGCGAAUGAAAGCAACUGCAGAAGUCCUGCGAAACAUGAAAAUCUUAAAACUUCAAGCCUGGGAUCUGCCAUACCUUCGCAAGUUAGAAGACCUGAGAAACACUGAGCACAAUUGGCUGUGGAUGUCUUUAAGAUUGCAAGCAAUUUCAUCUUUUAUAUUCUGGGGAGCACCGAUGUUCAUAUCAGUGGUGACAUUUGGAACGUGUAUAAUCAUAGGAAUCCCUCUAACUGCAGGAAGAGUUUUGUCUGCGUUGGCAACAUUCAGAAUGCUGCAAGAACCAAUCUUUACUCUCCCCGAUCUGCUUUCAGUACUUGCACAAGGAAAAGUUUCAGCUGACAGAAUAGCAAAAUACCUCCAAGAAGACGAAAUGAGAGCUGAUGCGGUUGAAAUUGCUCCCAGAAAUGAAGCAGAGGUUGAUGUUGAGAUUGAUCGUGGGACAUUUAGCUGGAACCAAGACUCAGGAUGCCCCACACUUGAAAAUAUAGAGCUGAAGGUGCAUAGGGGAAUGAAGGUGGCUAUUUGUGGUCCUGUUGGUUCGGGAAAGUCUAGUUUACUCUCAUGCAUCCUUGGAGAAAUACCAAAGCUUGGAGGGAGAGUAAAAAUUAGGGGCAACAAAGCAUAUGUUUCACAAUCCCCAUGGAUACUGUCAGGAAAUAUUAGAGAAAAUAUUGUCUUUGGAAAUCCUUUUGACAAUGAAAAGUAUGAAAAGACAAUUGAGGUUUGUGCUCUGAAGAAGGAUUUUGAGCUCUUUGCUAACGGGGACCUGACAGAGAUUGGAGAAAGAGGUAUAAAUAUGAGCGGAGGGCAGAAGCAAAGGAUCCAGCUAGCUAGAGCAGUCUAUCAGGAUGCUGAUAUAUACCUUCUUGAUGACCCUUUCAGCGCUUUGGAUGCUCAUACAGGCACUCAACUGUUCAAGGAUUGUUUAAUGGGUGUUCUCAGAGACAAGACUGUACUCUACGUUACACAUCAAGUUGAAUUUCUUCCAGUAGCAGAUCUUAUCCUGGUAAUGAAGGAUGGUAAAGUUGCCCAGGCUGGAUUGUUUGAUGAACUUCUAAGACAAAACAUCGGAUUUGAGGUGUUAGUUGGAGCUCACAGUGAUGCUCUUGAAUUGAUACUCAAUGCAGAAACCUCAAGCAAAUCAUUACUAGCUGCAGAGAAAAAUAUACUAGAGGCAUCAAGCAACGAUUCUGAUGCAGAAAAAACAUUAAAUACUUCAUUCCAAAACAUCAAUAAGCAAGAGUCUGAACAUGAUAUUUGUCAAGAUAUGGCUGAUAGAGGGAGGCUAACACAAGAAGAGGAGAGAGAGAAAGGAAGCAUUUCGAAAGAUGUUUAUUGGUCAUACCUGACUGCAGUACGAGGAGGUGCCUUGGUUCCCAUAAUAGUCAUAGCACAAGCAUUUUUCCAGGUACUGCAAGUAGCAAGCAACUAUUGGAUGGCAUGGGCUUCUCCUCCAUCUACAACUACAGAGUCUACGGUGGGACUCAAGUUUCUCUUCUUAGUGUAUAUACUUCUUUCAGUUGGAUGUUCAGUGUGUGUGUUGAUCCGAGCAACUCUGCUUGUAAAAACGGGCCUUUUGACAUCUCAAAUUUUUUUCCAAAAGAUGCUCCACUCUAUCGUUCGUGCCCCAAUGUCCUUCUUUGACUCAACGCCAUCUGGGAGGAUUUUAAACAGGGCUUCUAUGGAUCAAAGUGUGCUUGACUUAGAAUUAGCUGGGAAAUUAGGUUGGUGCGCAUUCUCAAUUAUACAGAUUCUGGGGACUAUUGCAGUCAUGUCGCAGGUUGCUUGGCUAGUUUUCGCAAUAUUCAUUCCAGUGACAGCAAUCUGUAUAUGGUAUCAACAAUACUACAUACCCACUGCAAGAGAGUUGGCUCGGUUGUCAGAAAUCCAGAAAGCUCCGAUCCUUCAUCAUUUUGGAGAAUCACUCUCUGGUGCUGUAACUAUUCGAGCAUUUGGGCAGAAAGACCGUUUCAGCAAUACAAACCUCAGUCUCAUAGAUAAUCACUCAAGGCCAUGGUUCCAUAAUAUUUCUGCAGUGGAAUGGCUCUCAUUCAGAUUGAAUUUGUUAUCCAACUUUGUGUUUGCUUUCUCAUUGAUUGUGCUUGUGAACCUGCCAGAAGGAUUUCUUAAUCCAAGCAUUGCAGGACUUGUUGUGACAUAUGGAUUAAAUCUCAAUUCACAGCUAGCAACUAUCAUCUGGAAUAUAUGCAAUGCACAAAAUAAAAUGAUCUCAGUUGAGAGAAUUAUGCAGUACUCAAGGAUUCCGGGUGAAGCUCCUAUACUCAUAGAAGGCUGCCGACCACCAACCAAUUGGCCACAUUUUGGAACUAUAUGCUUCAGGAACUUAGAGGUCAGAUAUGCUGAACAUUUGCCAUCUGUCUUAAAAAACAUAACAUGUAUAGUUCCAGGAAGAAAAAAGGUUGGUGUUGUAGGACGAACUGGCAGUGGCAAAUCAACUUUGAUACAAGCUCUUUUCCGUAUCGUUGAACCAAGAGAAGGGACCAUUGAAAUUGAUGAUGUCGACAUCUGCAAGAUAGGCCUCCAUGAUUUGCGCUACAGACUCAGCAUCAUACCGCAAGACCCAAUAAUGUUCGAGGGAACAGUGAGGGGAAACCUUGAUCCAUUGGAGGAAUACUCAGAUAGCAGGAUAUGGGAGGUUCUAGACAAGUGUCAGCUCGGUGAUUUGAUACGCCAAAGCAGCAAGAAGCUGGAUUCAACUGUUAUUGAAAAUGGCGAAAACUGGAGUGUCGGACAGAGGCAGCUAUUCUGUCUAGGAAGAGCGCUGUUGAAGCGAAGCAACAUUCUUGUUCUGGACGAAGCAACAGCCUCAGUUGAUACCGCUACGGAUGGAAUAAUCCAAGAAACACUACGUGAGGAAUUCAAGGACUGCACUAUCCUUACCAUAGCUCACAGGAUUCACACAGUCGUAGAUAGCGAUCUCAUUCUGGUCCUUAGCGAAGGAAAGAUACUUGAAUAUGACAAACCAUCCACGUUAUUGGAAAGAGAAGAUUCAUCAUUUUCUAAGCUUAUAAAGGAGUAUUCAAUGAGAUCACAGAGCUUUAACAAUGCAACACAGUGCAAGUAGUUGAUUUCUCCGGCAAAGACUGAUAAUCUCAUGGCAAGAAAUGUUCUUCACCGGUCACCAAAGUUCUACCAAGCCAUGCCGACAGGUGUUCUGCAUCAGGUAACAUUGACAAAGUUCCGUUUACAAAACACGACUUGCAAAUUUCACCGAUGUACUUGUAGCAGAAUAUUUUUGACAGAGAAUUGUUCUAGAUGACUUUCCUUGAGUUAUAGUGCUUCACACUAAUAAGCUAAGAUUGUAUUAGAUAGGUUUCUUUCCACCGAUAGAUGUUUGCCUAUGUAAUUGUGACAUAGAUUAAAGGUUUGCUUUUACAACUUUCAA